AGCCCUGUUCGCAGCGGUUUAAACUCACACCGGAGACCCUUCGGCCGGAGCGGACCGGUGACCCCCCCUGCCCCUCUUUGUCCCUCCUCCGCCGCUCUCCGCACACGGGGGACAAAAGCGCUGCGGAGAGGGGGGGGCAGCGCGGCCCCCUCGGGACCCCCCUCACCCCCUCCUCCCCCGGGGGCGCGGCAGAUGCGCGGCUGCCCGCGGUAAUUGCGGGCACGCUCCGGAGGGCGCGGCGCACGGGGCCGACCUGCCGCCUCGGCGCGGCCCCGCGGGGCGGCCACGGGGCCAUUGUCCCCCCGCCGCUAUAAGUACGGGCGGCCGCGCCGUCGUGUGCCAAAGCCGCCGCUCACACGAGCGGAUCGCAGCCCGCAGCACUUCAAAGACAAGAGCGGUCGCGUGUCCCCCCCGCCCCGCCUUUCCCUGCCGCUCGUUUGUUUUUUUUUUUUCUUCUGUUUUUUUUUUUCUCCUCUUCCCUCAGCGCUCAGUCCGCCCUGCCUCCCCCUGCAGCGGGAAGCGUUGCUUUUGCUUGUCUAGAUUUUUAUACCGUUAUUGCUUAACUGCAUCCCUGGGAGUUUUCCAUGAUGCCCGCGGAGGCGGCCAGCAGCGGCGGCGGUGCGGAUCCGCCCGGCGCUCCGCGGGAACGGCGGAGACGGCGCGGCCGUGCGCGGGCGCGUACCGAAGCGCUGCUGCACACGCUGAAACGCAGCCGGCGAGUGAAGGCCAACGAUCGGGAGCGGAACCGCAUGCACCACCUCAACGCCGCUCUAGACGAGCUCCGCAGCGUCCUGCCCACUUUCCCCGACGACACCAAGCUCACCAAGAUCGAGACUCUGCGUUUCGCCUACAACUACAUCUGGGCGCUCUCCGAGACCCUCCGCCUGGCCGAGCAGUGCCUCCCGCCACCCCAAACCUUCCGUGGGGCCGCUGCGCCCCCCAGCCCCGGCAGCGACGCCGGCUCCUGGUUGUCCAGCGCUUCCCCGUCCGCCCCCUCUUUCUGCGCCUCCGCCUCCGGCCCCAGCAGCCCCGCCACCUCCGAGGACUGCGCUUACGCGCCCGCCGACGACCUGCGCACCUUCCGCGGGCUGUCUGCCACCGCGCCCCCCGGCGCUCCCUGCCGCUAGGGCGCACCGCUCUGCGCCGCUACGCGCAGCGCGCCCGGCUCCCCCGCCCGAGGGCCGAGGGUGGCGGGGGGGACGAUGUCGCCUCCCGUUGCCCCGCGCCCCCCAGUCCCCGACCCCCGCCUCACAUCCCCUACGACAACGAAAACCGGGAAGAAAAGCGACAGAUUUGCUGCCGCAGACGAGGUGAAAAGUCAAUUUUACAAUUUGUAGCUCUCCAGCGAAGAAAAACGAGCAUGAAAAUUUGGUUUGAACGCCCUGACAAUGCCAUGAAAAGGCUUAGGGGGCCGAUGCGGCCCGGGGCGCAGCACGGGGCUCAGCGCGUCCCCCCUGCCCUGCGCCCGGGGCGGCUCAGCCCCUCACGGGGGGGGGGCCCAGCACCGGUCUCGAUAGGACCUGGUGUCCGACGGACAAGGAGAGAGGCUCAUGCAUUAUAGAUGCUGACCCCCAGCGCGGCGGUCUUGCUUUAGAGCAGGGGUAUUCAGCGACUGGGCUAGAUAGGGGUUUAAUUUAUUCAAGAUGUUCAUUCAUAUGAAAAUUGUAUUUUUGUACAUAAAGAGCUUUAUUCUAUUAUUAUGCCUCUUAUCAAAGUGGGUUCAUUUUUUUUUUUUUUUUAAAGAAAUUGUACUUUGUCCUGUAAAUAAAAUUUUUAACUUUUCUACUGAA